GCAGAAGCUCUGAAGUAUGUCAGGGUGAAGAUCUUCUUCCUGGUCAGAGCUGGUGACACCUCGCUGCUGGAGCUGCUGCUAAAGAAGACAGACUUUCUGAUAAAUGUCCCGGAGUUCUGGAGAAAAGAGGAGUAAAGGCAGCAGUCAGAGGAAUAAAAGCAGCGGUCAGAGAGGAAAAGACGCAGAAAGUCUCCAGGAGUUUAGGAUGAGGAUCAGGUGACUGACCGGAGAGAGUUUCUAACUGGGAUUAAAAUGAGGUUCCGGCUGCUGAAGCGGAACCUUCUGGCUCUGCUCGGAGUUUCCUUCGUGGUCGUGACUCUCCUGUUUUCUACACGUGUGCUGAUAGUUUCUGAGGAUGGAGGAGGAGACGCCGGGGGCCCCCAGCAGGGGCCCCGGGCCGGCCGCUCCGGUCCGGUGACGUUUAACUUCGGCUCGCUGUCGGACCUCAGCCAGUCCGUCUACAGCGCCAACUACCGGCAGUGCGUCCACAACCAGGACCGGUUUCCAGGAGAUCCUCAGCUGGUGCUGGUGGCUCAGGUCCACAACAGACCAGAGUACCUCCAGCUGCUCAUCAGGUCUCUGGAGAAAGCUGCAGAGGUCCACAGCUUCCUCCUCAUCUUCAGCCACGACUAUUUUUCAGAGGAAAUCAACUCCAUUGUGCAGCGGAUCAGUUUCUGCAAAGUGCUGCAGAUUUAUUUCCCCUUCAGCACUCAGCUGUAUCCCAGCCAGUUUCCUGGACAGGAUCCACGAGACUGCCCUCGAGACAUGUCCAAGGACGACGCCAUGAAGACGGGGUGCCUGAACGCCGGCCACCCCGACUCCUACGGACACUACCGGGAGGCCUUCAUCACACAGACCAAACACCACUGGUGGUGGAAGCUGCACUUUGUGUUCGAGCGUGUCCAGGCCAUGCAGGGCUACGGCGGCUUCGCUGUCUUCCUGGAGGAGGACAACUACAUCCUGCCAGACUUCUUCCACUUCUACAAAUCCAUGCUGGAGUUCAGGAGGAGCAGCUGCCCUGACUGCGACCUGCUGGUUCUGGGGAACCACGACGGCGUGAAGGACUUCAGUAGGUUGACCAACAAGGUGCUGACCACCGGCUGGAUGUCUACCAAACACAACAUGGGCAUGGCCAUCUCCAGGGAGCUGUACUACAAGCUGAUGGGCUGCAGCAGCGAGUACUGCACCUACGACGAAUACAACUGGGACUGGACGCUGCAGCACCUCUCAGGAACCUGCAUAUCGAAGCCCCUCAAGGUUCUAGCAGCUCAGGGCUCCAGGGUUCUCCACACUGGAGACUGUGGGCUCCACCAGAAGGAGAACUGCAGGCCAGAAUGGGCCUUGCAGAAGGUGGAGGAGAGCCUCCAGACAGCCAGGGAGGACCUCUUCCCUCCAUCUCUGGUCCUCAGCGGAGCAGAAGCUGCAGAGCAUAAAGCUCACAUGAAGAACGGAGGAUGGGGAGACGUUCGAGAUCAUAGUCUGUGUAAAAACUAUGCCAAACUCCUCUGAACUGGGCCAAAUAUUCUGCAGAUGUGCCAUCUAAAGGACUUUCAGGGGCUUAAUGUUGUUUUUUCUUUCUCUCUUCUAAGAAAUGGAACCAAACAUUUCACCAAAGCUGCAGUGGUGCCAAAACCCGUUCCUUCAUAUCUGAGGUGUUAAAGCAGGUCUGGGCGACUGACUAAGCAAACAGUAGAUUAGAUUUACUGCUCAGUGAUAAACAGUAAACCAUCAGGAGAUCUGCAGGUUUAUGUGUAAAUCUGUUUCUGACGGGGAACAGCGCAUGUAGUUUAUUCUCUAGGAUUAAUGAUUUUAUGUUUUCUGAUUUUUAUGGUACGUUUUAAAGGCACAUUUCCAGACUCUAGUUUAAGACAAUCUUCACUAAAAGGGUAAAGUUUAAACCACAGCUGGUUCUUAAGUCAACCAUUGAAUUUAAUGAUUUCUUUUAAUAUUAUCUAUGUUACUGAAUGUAAUCUUCAGUUUGUCUGUUUGUCUGCAGGGUUUUUUUCCAGGUAUUAUUUCAGACUCUUAUUUAAUCGGUCUGGUUGUGAAAACAGGAGCUGAGCUGGUUUUUCUUUGAGGUGAAGGGACGACUCUAUUUGCUUUCUGAUGGUUAAAAGUGACCUUUUGGAACCAGGAUUUCCGCUGUGCAAACACCUGAUGCUGCAUUUCUAGAUUUGCACCUUUCUGUGAACUGAUUUUGGGAUGAGAGAACAGAAUGAACUGCUUUGUGAUGUUAUAUUUUUUGUGUGAAAAAGGAAAAAUGUUUCCUGUUCUCCUUCUGUUGAUAAAGUUUCCUUUUUGCCUUUUGUAAAAAAAAAGAGAAUGAACAGAAGCAUAAUGAUGCUUUGCUGCCUUUAAUCUGACCAAAAGUGCCUUAUUGUAGAAAUUUAGGACAUUUUAGAGGUGCUCUGUCAAUGACCAAGUACUUAUACAACCUUUUUCCAAAGCGGGGAACUCACAUUUGUCCUGAGAGAUGUUUUAUACUGGGGUCUUUAUUUGUUUGAUUUUGAGGGAAAUUUAAAUUUAAAUGCUGAUUUCUAAAAGAAGAGUUUUUGCAGCACUGGCAUUGUCCUCCUGGCCAUAGAUCUGUGGUUUAUCCUGAUGUCUGUGCACGCUGGUGUGCACGUUGCUGUGCCUUAUGGAGAUCGCUGAUGUAGAAUUAUGCAAUGGAUUUGAUAAAAUAAAUUCUAUUUUUGUUGAAAACACGUGUUUAAAGUGAGCUGAUAUAAACAGAUGUAAAUAUGGACAUCAUGGGAUGUGAGAACGUUUUCUGAUUCUUUAUUAAUCACGACGAGACCAACUUUUUUUGUCUUUUGUGUUUUGGUUGUUUUCAUGUUUCUUUCUGAUCGUCACUUGAAGUUCAUUGUUCACUCUGUUUGCCAAAUGGGAAAAUAAAAAAAAUAUAGUUUUA